GCGAGCCUCGCCCAUUUCAGCCAAACACCACAUCAUAUACAUACUGUACAUUCAUCCACACAUAUACAAAAGACACUCUCAAUUUCAAAGCGCACAACCUGCGCAACACACCUCCCCCUCUCAAUAAAACCAUGACCACAACAACACCCCUUCUCCCACCGGACUACCUGGCAGUCCCACUCACAAUCCGCUUCUCCGCCUCCAUCCCCGAUAUCCUAAUCGACGUCCCCUCUCCUGCCACAACCACCGCAGCAGGUCUCAAGCAGCUGAUCCGCACUCGCCUCCCGCGCGAUCUUGCAACGCAUCGUCUCCGAUUAAUCUACUCCGGUCGCGCUCUUGAAGAUGCCGUGCCCCUAGCUACGUCUCUGCGACUUCCUCCGCAGUAUCACCAGCAUUCUCGAGGGCCGUCUCCGAUUGUUUGGGGUGAGGAAGAUGAAGAAGAAGAAUUCAAUGAUGAGAAUGGUAAUGGGCGAGGAAAGGGCAAGAUGCCCGUACGCGAUCCGCCUAUGCGAAGACUCUAUAUCCAUUGCUCGGUGGGGGAUAUUGUUCUGUCAAAGGUUGAAUUAGAUAAAGAGGCAAAGUUGGCUUCGACGAUAUCGCAAAGACAAGCCCAGCAGCAGCAACAGCAGGGGAGGGAUGGGUCGGAAUGGAAUGAUAUUCCUUUAUCUACCGCUCAAGAGGAUGAAGAGCAGGAGCAACAGCAGCAGCGAGAUGAAGAAGCAACUACUACUCCCGCGCCGCGAGGUUUCGAUCGGUUACUUUCAGCGGGGUUCACGCCCGCAGAGGUGUCUGCUUUACGAUCACAGUUCUUGGCUUUGCAGUCCGUGUCGCAUACGCCGGAUACGAUGCCUUCUGGGUCUGAGCUGCGAGAGCUCGAGGACCGCUGGAUGGACGAGGGGACUGGUGCGGUGCCCGCUGGUGGUAUAGGCGGAGGAGGAGGAGGGGCGUUUGGCGAUGAUGAUGGUGGGUUUGGGACGGGGUCGAGGGGCGCGCUGGAUGAUAUGCUUUGGGGUGCGGUGAUGGGGUUCUUUUGGCCGGUGGGAUGUGCGAUGUGGUUGAGGAGAGAGGAGGGGGUGUGGAGUUGGAGGAAAGGGUUGGCUGUGUUUGUGGGAGUUGUGAUCAAUGGGGCGUUUGGGGCGAUGAUGAUCAUGAAUUGAUUGAUCGCGCUUCUUGUUGGUGGUCCCUUUGCCCUGUUGGUGAUGGGAUAGAGAGGGGGGGUGGCCGGGUUGUAUAAGACAGAAUAUGGGUCUUGCGCUUAAGGACUCAAGGAUAUAGUGUUGUACUAUUAUUUAUGCUUGUGACCGUUUGCAGAGUUAGAUGAUACCCAGGAUGUUAUAUUAGUUGAGA